AUGAACGAUGAGCUCAGAGAAACUUUAACCUACAUUAAAGAAGACCUUGCUCCUAAAAUAUUCGAGCAAGUUGAAAAUGGAAAUCCAGCAGAUCUAGGAUGCGAUGUUUUUAUGAAUGCUUACGGUCUUGUUUACAAGACUCAUGAAAUAGACGAUAAUUCACAUUUCUUGUAUGAGGAAUAUACCAAUCUUGCCAGGACUUAUACCGAAAAAACAUCAAAGCCAAAACUUCUUUGCUCAGAAGGAAGAAAUUUAGUAGUUAAUCUCCAUAAAUCAUGAAAAAAGCACAAAAUUCUUGUCUAUUGGCUACAAAAAAUUUUUUGCAUUCUUGACUUGUAUCAUGUCAAAAAUAAUGGACUUUCACGUAUAGUUCCGCUAGGAUUACAACUAUUUAAAACUGAGCUAUUUGAUUUAAUAUCAAAAAGUAAAAUCCGUGCAGCCCUUAUUGAGCAAAUACAAUAUGAAAGAGAAGGAAAUGGCAGCAAUGCUAGCUAUAUGAGAAAAUGCUUAUCCUGCCUUUCAGAAAUUGCUGCAAGAGAUGCAAGUCUGACUAAAAGGAAAAAUCAAAAGAAAAUUAUAUGAGAAGGGAUCCCCAAUUACGAAUUUUCCAAAGAAAUUUUUGAAGAAUCAUAUUUGCAAGGGGUCAAGCUUUAUUAUACUUCUAAGCCCAUAGGAUGAAUGUCAAGCCUUUUGAUCCCUAAAAAUUUCCAGGAAGCAAUCAAAAUAUUCGAAGAAGAAUCAGAAAGAAUUAGAAGUUACGAGAAUUUACAAAAUAAACUUUUAAAUAUUAUCGCUGAAGAGAUUGUAAAAAGAGUUGCCUUGAGUUUAGCAGAUAUACUAGAAACUGGGAAAAUAAGAAUGUUUGAUCAAGAUAAAAGAGAUGAAGUGAAAAUGAUGUUUGAGGUUUUUAAAAACUAUGAAACUGCUCUUCAAUCCAUCACUCCUGGAUUUAAGCUUUAUAUUGAAAAAAAGGGGUUAGAGAUUAUAUCAGAUGAAAAGCUCCAACAAGAUCCUAUUGAGUACACAAGAGCAAUACUAAAAUAUGAAGCAGAAACUGAUAAACUAACUGAUUAUUUAUUUUCCAACCAUUUUGCAUUCCAGAAAAGCAGCUCUUCUGCAUUUUGCAACUUUAUCAAUAAAUUCUCAUGCUCAGCUCCUUAUGUUGUCGAUUAUAGCGACUAUAUGAUGAAAAAAGGACUUCUUGGACUUUCUGAUAGAGAAAUUGAUAUAAGAUUAUCUGAAAUUGCUAUGAUUUUUGUAUGGCUAUAUGAUAAAGAUAUAUUUAUUAAUCUCUAUGCUCGCCUUUUGGCAAAGCGGCUAUUAGAUAGGACUAGCAUAAGCAAUGACGCAGAAAAAAUAUUGAUUGAAAAACUGAAGAUUGAGGGUGGCUAUGCAAUUGUGAAUAAAAUUUACAGUAUUUACCAAGAUAUUUCUCUAUCUGAAGUUAUUACAGCUGAGUUUAAUCAGAACUAUAACCAAGACGGCCUUCAUGAAAUUCAGUUUUCUGCACAGAUCUUGAAAUCAGGGUGUUGCCCUGGGAUAUCAUCUGAGGCUUGCUUAUUACCUUAUAAAAUUCAAGCUCUAGCAAAAGAAUUUUCUCUAUUUUAUAAGAAUAAAUACAGUGGACGUAGCAUUACUUGGGCUACUGGAUUAGGAACUGUUGAGAUCCGCAGCUUGUUUUUGAAUAAAAGUUACAAUUUUAUAGUGAACCCAUAUCAAGCAGUCAUACUGCUUAUGUUUAAUAAUGGAAAUACAUAUAGCGUCCGAGAAUUAAGAGAGAACUCCAAAUUAAGUGAAAAUACCUUUAAAGCCAAUUUCAUAAAAUUUUUCAGCCCAAAAUCAAAAAUAUUUAAUAAAGAAAGCAGAGGGAAGACGUUAAAUGAUGAAGAAUUAAUUACAAUUAAUGAAAAUUUUGCAGCUGCAACGGUUAGAAUUAUUUACAUUCCUAAAAAAGCAGUGAGAGCUUCCAAGCCAAGCCAUAAUGAAGAAGUAAUAAUAGCUAUUUCUGAAAGAAAGCAGAUUUUGGACGCUAUUAUUGUAAAGAUUGCGAAAGCCAGAAUAGUUAUGAAGCAUCAGGAGUUAGUAUCUGAAGUCCUCGAAGAAGUAAAGAGUUUUAAACCUCAGCUUAGCAUGAUUAAAGCACAAAUUGAAAGCUUGAUUGAAAGAGAAUUCUUGGCAAGAGAUAUCAAUGAUCUUUCAGCUUAUCACUAUGUCCCAUAG